GUUGGUUUCAUGUAAAAUUAAUCAUGUAACGUAAAGCACCACCAAGCCGGCCAAACCGGGGAACCAGCCACUUUCUCUUGGCACGACCAUCUUCACACUCAACACGAUAUGCCCCAACACUACGCGCAUAUCAUAGAGAGAAGGCAGGAUAAUUCUUGCCCUUAAGCCUAUCAUGCAGGCGAAUUAUGGCAAUCAAAGACUCCAAGCAACACGCAUGAAUUUGGAUCUCAGUCAAAGCUUGUAAGCGACUCCUUUACUCGAUCGCCUGUUACUGCCGAGGCUGGCUUCCCUCAGAUUAUCAAAGGUGGUAAACUGAUACUGCACCGAAACGCGCCUCAAGCUGCCUGGAUUUCUGAACUUGAAGAGCAAUUAGCAGAAAUGACCAAGAGAAGAGCGUGUAAACGAAAGCGAAUUCAGCAAGGUGGCAAAAUAGAGUAUGGUGAGGUAGCAGCGCAGGGUGCUGCUGAGGCGUCUGUGGCAGCUCAGCCAUCCAAGAAGACUCGGGGUGCAGGUGGUCUACGACUGGGCACAACGCUCGAAAUGCUGGCACCUUGUUUGAUAGUGACUAAGUCAUGAUUUUGUAACAUGACAUGGUCGUG